AUGUUCAUAGGUACCAUCUGGGCAUUCACCUACAAACAUAGCACACGGGACGUCAAUUGGACAAUGGUUGCAGUUGCCACCCUGCUGUUCUUACUGAGUACCGCGGACAUAGUCCUAGUUAUCAUUCGUGUAGAAAAUGGACUGGUGAAGUAUCGCUACACGUUCCCAGGCGGGCCAGAGGCGUUCCUCGCAGACGUUUCCCAACCAACAUUUUUAGCCAAGAAUGUGAUAUACACCUUGCAAACCCUGCUUGGAGACGGGGUAGUGCCCUUCCUUCAAAUCUUUGCUGGUUUAACUGGGAUUUGGAUCUUGGUAUUCCUCGCCUUUACACUUGCAACUAAUUUGUUCAGUUCAGGACUAGUGGCAUAUCGCAUCUGGACGAUCGAACGCAAGGUCUCUACAGUUCGUGUUACGAAGCGCAAAAUAGGUAUUUUGCGGGUGCUUGUCGAUGCCGCUAUUUUGUACUCUGUGGCGCUCUGCCCCUUCAUCACACUAUUCGCCUCCAGCACGCCUACUGUAUUUUAUGUUAUGGGAGACUUGCUCGUCCCAAUCAUCUCGAUUGCCUUCUACAUGGUGUUUAUUCGCAUCGCAAUCAGUAAACACACUCCGGAUAGAGGGACCAGUGGGACGGAACGAAUAACCACAAUACAAUUUCGUAUACCGCCUCUGCAGAGUGGAUUCAGGCAGAACGAUAUGUCCUUCUGGCCAACAGCUCAGAAGUAAUGAUACAUAUAUUACCUAUCGUUAUCCAGCCAACAGAAAGGGACCAGGUAACUGCAAUAUGGAUGAGCAAAACGG